AUGUCUUCGUCCUCUAUGGGUCAUGGAUGGUAUAGCUCUGCCACGUUCUGGACUCUUUGGGACCUUGUUCGUUCUCGAACAGAGGACGACCGAUUCGGCGGUCUGCUCACCUGCGAAUUCCUCCCUCCCCCUCCGGGGCGGAGUUUCAUGAUGCGACAAACCUACCGCCACAGCGUUGAGGGUCCGAUCCCGGAGAAUCUACGCAAGCUGAUCGAGAGCGACCACCGUCCGGAUGGUCCGCCGAUGCACUUCCACCAGUGGCAGACAGAAUACUUCAAGGUCGAAGAGGGUAUCUGUGUUGUGGAAGUGAACGGCAAGCAGACGAUGCUGACCCCCGACGACGAAGAGAUCUCAUGCAAAGCCGGCAACAUCCACCGGUUCUUCAUCCAUCCGGAUUCUCGCGAGAGAAUGACGGUGAUUCUGAGCGCCUCGGAUUCCGGCGUGGACUACCAGCUGGACAGAGUCUUCUUCGAGAACUGGUAUGGAUAUUGGCAUGACGCGUUGCUGUACCAGGGCGGCUUGGAUUUUAUUCAGACCCUUUGCAUCCACGAUGCGGGUGACCACUACACGCCCGGGCCCGCCUGGCUGCCAUUCCGCCGCUUCAUCGGGUACUGGAUGUGCGUGGUGAUCGGCCGCUGGAUUGGCGGCUUGCUUGGCUACAAGCCGUUUUUCCGGGAGUACACUACCGACUGGGACUUUGCCGUAACCAAGAUGAAGGCUAAUCCCUGGACGCGUCGGCUGGUGAACGACUCAUACGCGAACAAGAAGUCCUGGGACGAGCAGGUGGAGCUGUCCUCGCGCCCCAAGGCCCAGAACGCGGACUACGAGCUGCUGGUGACUGACAUAACCGAGGAGAACCGACGGAAGAAGGCCCAAUGGAGCUACGAAUGGACAUGCGAAAUUGGCGAAUGGCACCGCUACCGGUGUGGCAGUCGAGGUGAAGGAGAAUGGGGAGGAGCUCCGAAAGCGCUCCUAAGGGGUGAAGGGCUGUUAUUAUCUUAUGUGCUGCUUGUCUGCUUGUUCCUUUUGUCUGCUUACUGUGAUAUGCGAUGA